AUGCCCGGCAAUUGGGAUUUAAUUGGUUUCGACACGCCAAAAGACGCGUAUACUCACCCAUCGUUCAAUGAUGGCGAAAAGCUCCAGUUGGUCUCUAGCGACGACUUUAACAAGGAUGGACGUUCAUUCUAUCCUGGAGAUGAUCCGUAUUGGGAAGCGGUCGAUCUUCAUUACUGGGGGACCAAUAGCAUGGAGUGGUACGACCCAGAGGCAGUUACCACCACAGACGGCCCUCUCAAAUAA